AUGAAAAUCGCAAUUAUCGGACAAUCAGCUUUCGGAGUUGAUGUUUAUAAAGAGUUGCGUAAAAAUGGGCAUCAAAUUGUUGUUGUUUUCACGAUUCCCGACAAAAAUGGAAGAGAGGAUUUGUUGGGUAAUUUUUUUUUGAAAAUUAUUUUUCCCGGGGAGUACUGUAUGCAAUGAGUGUUUGCGGCUUUUUGCACAGCUCGCAUCAAACCCCACGCGCAUGUUUUUUUUAUUUUUUCGAUUUUUUUAAAAGCUGGCGCGCUUGUUUCGUACAAAAUCCCCCUUCUUAUCAAGCAUGUGAUCUUUUCGAUGAUUAGAAAACAAAUUGAUAAGGAUUUCGGGAGAAAGAAACUAUUUACAAAAUCUUUUUUCAGCCAUCGAAGCUGCCAAAGACAAUGUGCCCGUUCAAAAACCAGCGCGUUGGCGUAAAAAGAAUCCAGAGACCGGCAAAUUCGAGACUCUUCCCGAGAUGCUCGAACUCUACAAAUCCUACGGAGCCGAUCUGAAUGUUUUGCCAUUUUGCACCCAAUUUAUUCCACUCGAAAUCACAGAAGCUCCACCAUUGAAAAGUAUCAUUUAUCAUCCAAGUAUUUUGCCAAAGCACAGGUUUCUUUUCUUCUAAUUUUUUUGUUGGAAUUUUCUAAUUAUUUUCAAAAUUCCAGAGGAGCAUCAGCUAUCAAUUGGACUUUGAUUGAAGGCGACGCUGAAGCCGGAUUAUCGAUUUUCUGGGCUGACGAUGGACUUGACACCGGCCCGAUUUUGUUGCAAAAGAAGUGUAAAGUUGAGGAAAAUGACACGUUGAACACGUUGUAUAAACGAUUUUUGUAUCCAGCUGGAGUUGCUGCUGUGGUAAGAUUUAGAAAAAAAAUGAAAACGAGAAAAAAAAAUUUUUUUUGGAAAAAAAUAUAUACCGUAGUUCUUUCGUCGCGACGAGACCCUGUGUGUGUUUCAGCUGUUGCGCCUUUCAAAAACUACGGUAUUUUUUGUUUUUUCUCGGAUUUUCGAGGUUUUUGCAUAAAAAAGGAAGAAAUCAACUGAAUUGAUAACAAAUCGAAGCAAAAAACACUAUAAAAACGAUUUUCAAAUGUUUUAUUGAGGAAAAACCUAUUUUUCGGUUGAAAAUUUUGUUUUGAAUCAAAGGCGCAUCGAUUUUUGAACGAUGUGUGUCUCGUCGCGACGAAAAAACUACGGUAUAUAAUUUUUUCAAAAAAAAUAUUUUUCGCGUUUCCAAUUUUUUUACCUUUAUGAAACCAACCCCAUGAAAAAAAUUAUUCAGGCUGAAUCAGUUGAAUUGAUCGCCGCUGGAAAAGCUCCGCGAAUUGUGCAAUCUGAAGAAGGUGCCAGCUACGAGCCAUACAUCACAACAAAACCAGAGUUGGCACAAAUUGAUUGGUCGAAAAAUCAGCGAGAAUUGCACAAUUUUAUCAGGGGAAACGAUAAAGUUCCAGGCGCCUGGGCGAUUUUGAAUGGCGAAAAAGUCUCGUUCUUCGGCUCGAAACUUUGGAAACCAAGAAAAUUGCCAGAGGAUGCGAUUGAGAUUGCUGUUGCAGAAGUUCCGGGUGGCAAGGUUUUUGUUGAGGAUCGGGGAUUGCUCCUGCCAGCCGCUGAUGGAAAAUUUGUGAUUGUUGACACCGUGAAAAUCGGAACAAAAUCGUUCGCAGCUUCAAAAUAUGGACAAGGCGCCGAACAAGCUGAGGAAAUCAUUUUGAGUGAAGACGAGAAAAAAGUUGUGGCAAAAAUCAAGACAAUUUGGGCGGGAAUUCUCAAAUCCGCCGUAUCCAGUGACACAGAUUUCUUUGAAUCCGGCGCUUCUUCGGCUGAUGUCACAAGACUUGUUGAGGAGAUCAAAUUCAAUACUGGAGCCGAAUUGGAAUCAUCGCAUAUUUAUAUGGCGCCAACUUUAGGAGAACAUAUUAAUAUUGUUAUUCGAAAUUUGAGAGGGGAAGGUGGAAUUACAGUAACUUAUGAUCCGAUUGUUUUGAAUGUGAAUAAUAUGGAAUUGAAAUUCCCGCAUGAAUUGUUUAUCAAUGGAAAGUUUGUGCCAUCUUCGAGUGGAAAGUGAGUAGUUUUUGGAUAAUUUUACCUGAAAAAUAGUCUAGAACAGAUUCCCUGUGAAGAGGAAACUGGCAAAAUUCCAUUUUUAUUAAUAAAUCGAAAAUUUGGCGGUUUUCUCUACUGGAAAUCGAAAAAUAUUAGAAUUUUCUCGAAAAUCAUAAAAAUUAUAUUUUUCUUUUUCAUUUAUUCACAGCCACAUAAUUUAUAAUCAAAUUAAAAUGAUCUGAAUUAUAGUUACAGUAUCUCUUGAUUUUUCUCGUGUUCCUAGCCUAUAAAACCUAAUUCUCAAGCAGCCGAGCCUAGAUAAACUAGUUUUCGAGCAGCCGAGCCUUGUUAGCCUAGUUCUCAAGUAGCCGCGCCUAGAGAAACUAGUUUUCAAGCAGCCGAGUCUAGAGAAACUAGUUGUCAAGCAGCCGCGCCUAGUGGGUUCAAUUUUCUAGAAUCAGCGCCUAGAUAACUUAAGUGUCUAGGACCCGCGUCUAGAAAUCUACUCUGACAAGUAGCCGCGCCUAGAAAACGUAGUUUUCAAGCAGCCGCGCCUAGAGAGUUCAAUUUUCAAGGAGCAGCCCCUAGAAACCCAAGUUCUCAAGGAUCAGCGCCUGGAAAACCUAGUUUUCAAGUAGCCAACAUUACUAAAACAUUUUCCAGAACAUUCGAAACAAUCAAUCCAGCAACAGAAAAACCAAUUUGCUCCCUUCCAUUAGCCACCGUCGACGAUGCAAAUAAAGCCGUCCGAGCCGCAAAAAAAGCAUUCGAAAGAGGAGAAUGGAAAGAAAUGUCAGCUCGUGAAAGAGGAAAACGAUUGUAUAAACUUGCCGAACUCAUGGAAGAGCACAAAGAAGAAUUGGCAACAUUGGAAUCACUUGACGCCGGAGCUGUUUAUACAUUAGCACUCAAGACUCAUGUUGGAAUGUCGAUUGAAGUUUGGAGAUAUUUUGCAGGAUGGUGUGAUAAGAUUCAAGGAAAAACAAUUCCGAUUACUAAUGCGAGACCCAAUAAAAAUCUUUGCUUAACAAUUCGCGAACCGAUUGGUGUUGUUGGUCUGAUUGUUCCAUGGAAUUAUCCACUUAUGAUGCUCUCCUGGAAAAUGGCUGCGUGCCUAGCAGCUGGGAAUACUGUAGUUUUGAAGCCUGCGCAAGUCACACCUCUUACCGCUCUGAAAUUCGCGGAACUCUCCGUUCUUGCUGGAAUUCCUGCUGGUGUUAUUAAUAUUCUUACUGGAUCUGGAAGUUUGAUUGGAAAUGCGUUGACGAAUCAUCCAGAUGUUCGGAAGAUUGGAUUUACUGGAUCAACUGAAAUUGGUGCAACAGUUAUGGAGAGUUGCGCUAAAUCGAAUAUCAAAAAAGUUUCGCUUGAACUUGGUGGAAAAUCGCCGCUUAUUAUUUUCCCGGAUGCAGAUCUUGAAAAAGCUGUGAAACAAGCUUGUGGAGCGGUUUUCUUCAAUAAGGGAGAAAAUUGCAUUGCGGCUGGAAGAGUUUUUCUUGCAAAAAGUAUUGCGGAUGAUUUCACGCAGAAAUUGGUUGCUGAAGCGAAACAAUAUCAAAUUGGAGAUCCUUUGGAUCGAUCAACUGCUCAUGGACCACAAAAUCAUAAAGCGCAUAUGGAUAAAUUGAUUGAAUAUGUGAAGAAUGCGGUGAGAGAUGGUGCGAAAAUUGAGGUGGGAGGAUCGAGAAUUGAGAGAACUGGUUUCUAUUUUCCACCGACGAUUUUGUCGAAUGUUGAUGAUGAGAAUUUUGCGGCCAAGGAAGAAUCGUUUGGACCAAUUAUGUGUAUUUCUACUUUUGAUGAUGAGUAAGUUGGGGAAGUACACAAAAAAUAUGAAAAUUUGAAAAAUUUAGUUUUUGUAUAUUUUCUGAUCAAAAUUCUUCAAAUAUUAUAGUCGAAAAAAAAAUUUUUUGUCAAAAAGAUUUUUUAUUAAUUUUUUUUCGACUUGAAUCACCCCAUAAUAUUUUCAGAAUCGCCCAAUUUUGUGAAAAUUUCUGCAAAAAAUAUAAAUUUUCGAAUUUUUUGAUUCUCCGAACUGAAAACGUGUCAAAUAGUUACUAAAUCACGAAUUCCAGAUGAAAUUGAGUUUUACAGCCAAUUUAGUGCUGAAAAUUAAAAUUACAAGACUUUGAAAACAUUUCCUUUAAAAAUCCGGAAAUUUUCCGAAUUUCCAGGCUUGAAAUCAAAAUUCUUCAAAUAAAUAUUGUUUUUUUUACAAAAAAAAUUAUUUCUAGAACUGGAAUAAACCUUAAGCCGGGUUAGAGAUCCCUAAAAUUCCAAAAAAUCUAGAGAUUUGACCUAACUCGUCUCAGACAUUUUUGGACAACAAAUUUCGAUUCCGAAAAUGUAGAAAAACCUUAUUGUUUUCCUAUUUUUUGACAUUUUUUCUGGUUUCAUUUUUGUGUGGAAGAAAUGUAAAAAAAAUAGAAAAAAUUAUUAUUUUAUUUUUUUUUUCAACUUGAAUCACCUCCAUUAGUAAAUCUACUGAAAAAUUUUAAUUUUAUAUAUCUGGGUAAACAUUUUCUGGAAAUUUUUUUUUCAUGAAACAUAAGUCCAAAUAGGCGCAGUCUGGAAGCCUGCACCUAAUUCCAAUAAAUUCUGAAAAUCCCCAAUUUUUCCAGUGACAUCGAAGAUGUUCUUCGCCGCGCAAAUGACACUGAAUUCGGUCUCGCCGCCGGCGUCUUCACAAAAGACGCCUCAAAAUCUCUGCGUGUUGCCGAAGGUCUUCACGCUGGAACCGUCUUCGUGAACACUUAUCAAAAAACUGAUGUUGCUGCUCCAUUUGGAGGAUUUAAACAAUCUGGAUUCGGAAAAGAUAUGGGAGAAGAGGCGUUGAAUGAGUAUUUGAUCACUAAAACUAUCACUAUUGAAUAUUAG